AAAAAAAAACCAACGACUGACAAAGGAGGAACCGAACAAGGCAGAGCGCCUUUAAAUUGUUUUAUGUUUGUUGUUGCAAACAUCGAUAAAUCAACUUAUGGCCAACUUGCUGGUGGUGGUGUUGGUUGUGGUGGUGUUCAUACCCGAAAACAAUCGCAGCUCCUACAAGUAGCGAUCCAGGGUUAUAAUUCACAGUAGGACCAUCGCUGGUCAUUCAUCGCGUAAAAAGAGGAAAUAAUUAAUGAAAUAGAACAAGACUGCAAAUCGCUUGUACCGUUUGUAGGGAAACACAUGUUAUACUAUUUCCCCCGGCAGACAGGAGCGGUUAGUCCACUAUUUUGGUGUGCAGCUCCGGGAGAACUGCAGGUGUAGUGUGGCAGCACGGUCGUGUUUUGGCAACAGCGCUGCUGCUGCACAUGCACAUGCAAACGCGAAAAUAAAGCGUGACCAUAACUGGGGGGUAUUUAUCCAUUUGUUUUUAAAAGUAGGCUACGUGCUUCGGAUCAUGUUUUUGUCGAAGAUUGCAAAGGCGAAGAUUGAUUUGUUUCACCUUACUAGGAAGUGAGUGAGUGUCGUGUCCGGGAAGGGGAGGGACUCCCGAGAUUGUCAAGUCGAGUCUGCUGCAAGGCUGCACCGUGCAACCUUUUUAAUGCUCAAUUUUCUAUUCCUGGCUCUGUAUUUAUAUUGGUUUUGCAUCGUAGCAUAGCGUUGCAAUUGCACCGUCGCGGGGUAUGUAUAUAUAUUAUAAAGAAGGGCUAUAGGCUAUUCACGUCGUACGUGGCCUAGUCAAGCCGUUAUGCUGCUAAAUAAAACCUAGUGCAAGCUUAUGGCAUUACGUCGGCUGGGCUCGUCGGAAGAGAAGAAAAAACACGUAGGACCAAGUGUCCGUGAACUUUGUCACAGUUGUUUUGUUACUCUUUGGUGCAAUGUCCGUGUCGUCCCUGCUGAGAACAAGCUGUAGGAGGGCGUUCGGUGUGAUCGGUGGGGGGCGCAGAUCGGGCUCCGACUUACUUUCUGGAGUUCACGUUGUUCCGCGACGGUCCAUUAUAGAUCUGUCAUACUCCACACACUUCAUGGAUUUUAAAGGAUCCUCGAUACCCAGCUCUAUGCAAAAGCUGACCGUGACGAGGCUAAGUCAACAUUUCAAAGAGGCCGUCUGUCUGAACACAGUUCCAGUCCCGACGCCAGGCGAUGGGGAUUUGCUGGUUCGAAAUCGUUUCGUAGGAAUCAACGCCUCGGACAUCAACUACUCGGCCGGGCGCUACGACCCCUCGCUGAAGCCCCCCUUCGACUGUGGCUUCGAGGGGGUGGGCGAGGUGGUGGGCCUGGGUCUCAGCGCCAGCGCCCGCCACACCAUCGGGGAGACGGUGGCCUACUUCAGCGACGGCGCCUUCGCCGAGUACACCGUGGUGCCGGCCAAGAAAGCCAUGGCCGUGCCCUCGGCGAAGCCAGAGUUCCUCACCCUGCUAGUGAGCGGGGCCACGGCCUACAUCGCCCUGAAGCGCCUGGGGGAGCUGACGGAGGGCGAGACGGUGCUGGUCACCGCCGCCGCUGGCGGGACGGGGCAGUUCGCCGUGCAGUUCGCCAAGCGGGCGGGCUGCCACGUGGUCGGGACCUGCUCCACGGACGAGAAGGCGGGAUUCCUGAAGAGCAUCGGCUGUGACCGGCCGGUGAACUACGCGGCUGAGGACCUGGGCCAGGUGCUGCGGCAGGAGUACCCCAAAGGGGUGGACGUGGUGUACGAGUCGGUGGGCGGCGGCGUCUUUGACCUGGCCGUCAACUCGCUGGCCACCGGGGGCCGGCUGAUCGUGAUCGGGUUCAUCUCGGGGUACCAGUCGGCGUCGGGCGUGGCCACGGUGAAGGGGGGCACCCUGCCCAUCAAGCUGCUGCAGAAGUCGGCCAGCGUGCGCGGCUUCUUCCUGCCCCACUUCCUCCGCGACUACCAGGAGGCCCUGGGCAGCAUGAUGCAGAUGGUGGCACAGGGGACGCUGGUGUGCGAGGUGGACUGCGGAGACCAGGCGCAGGAGGGGAGGUUCGUGGGCCUGGAGUCCGUCUUCAGGGCGGUGGAUCACUUGUACGCCGGGAAGAACCUGGGGAAGAUCGUGGUGGAGGUGGCCCCGGCCCCGUUCGCCAGCAGUAAGUUGUGAUGCUCCACCCUGGCGAGCGAUAAUGAUAAGCGGCGCGUUAGCGGGGCUCCCACUGCACCCAGCCCAGUGUGAAGCUCUGAAGUCAUAAAUUAAUAUUCUAUCAUCUUUGAGGACAUAAAAAGCUUGGAUGUUGAUUGCACUGUAAUUCCUGAAAGAUAAACAGAUAAUUUAUUUUUUUUGAUGAUUAUUUGUAUGAAUUCAAUAAAGUUAAUGAUAUUUUAAAUUGUC